GUUUCUAAUGAGUAAUGGCGAUGCCUUUGUUCCAGCUCUUCCCGGUGUUUGGGGUCACGCUGGGCCUCUUCCUUGUAGCCACAGACACUUCAGCUGCUCUGAAACUGACACAUUCACGCUUCAUUGCUGCAAGACGGGGUAACAAUGUUUCUUUCAACUGCUUUUUGAACUCCAUGGCAAAGUGGUACAAAGAGGCUGAGAAGGGCAAAUAUCUGGAGCUGAAGAACACUUCCAGGGUGGAGGUGACAAGGAAUGAAUCUAUGGUGAUGGUGCAUAUCAGAAAACUCCAGCAGGCUGACAGUGGCAUUUAUGUCUGUGACAGCAACAUUUCUGAUUCGCGGAGGAUCCAGCAGCAGUGCUGUAGCACGGAGCUCAGAGUCAUGGGUAUCAGCACCUUUGAGCAAGUGCAAAGUCGUCACACCCUGAAAGAUGCCAUUAUUGUGAUUCAGUCCACCCUUCUUGUCCUGUUUGUGAGCAUCCCUCUGCUCCUAACGCUGGGGAAGGGUGAAAGCAAAGAUGCACCCGGGGAGGAUCACACUUAUGAGGGCUUGACGGUUGAAUUAGCUGAUACAUAUGAAGAUAUUGGGCCUUACCAGGAGAGAACAGAGAAGUGGAAUAUUGGGGAGCAUCCAUGCGAGGAGUGAAACGUUUUGCAACAUUCUCAGUGGGACAUACCGCACAUGACCGGACCAACAGGGCAACAUUUCAUUCUGGGGCCAUGGCCCAGUAGGAAAAUCCCACUCUAGGGAAGCAUUGACCUUUUUUUUUUUUUUUUUUUGGCACAAGUGCUCUCAAUCUGUCUCUUGCUUGCAUAUCUCAAAUUAGCUGAAGUACUAAAACAAAAUGUGACACACAGACACCCCAGAUUCCUUAUGCAGGGUGAUAAGAAGCACACAAACCCUGAGGUGGGGGAGGCAGGGAACUCAAUUCAUCUGAGGAAAAAUCAAAAUAGUGCAACAUCAAAUUAAAGCAUAGGUAAAUUUAUGGGUAGACAGAUUUUCAGACAUAUACUUCUAACCUGAGCUCAUUUCAAAAUAGAAUAAUAAUUGCAUCCUCCUAGCUUGAAGAGGUCCCCUCCUCAGAUUCCUGGGUGGAUUGUAGGAAACCUCGAUAAGGAAAUAUUGAAUUUGGUGAACUGGUACUUGCCAUUAGCAUUUUAUCAUUCUCCUUAAAGACCCGAGGAACAGGGGUGAGUAACAAGAUCCAUCUCAAUUAGUCUCAUGCAAGAGAACUUUUCAGUGAUUUUUUUUCAGUGAGUGCCCCUCCAAGAAUUUCAAACAUUUGAAACUUUUGAUAAUUAAAGAAACACUUCUAAUUAUGACUCCCCCAAGCACCCUGGUGUGUUGUGUGUAGGAAGGUUCCUUCCAGCACUAGUAAGGGAUGGAUUGAUACUGUGUGAAAAGUAUAAUGUGUGAAAAGCACACCAGCAGGGAAUUGUCUUGAGCCGCUUUCCCCGAGCUGGUGCCGUCCAGAUGUUUUGGCCUAAACAUCCUAUUAUGCUUAGCCAUAGAGCAUGCUGGUUAGGUUGAUGGGAUUUGAAGUCCAAAACAUCUGAAGGAGUACCAAUCUGGGGAAGACUGAUGUGGGGGCUCCCACUUGAGAGAAAUGUAGGAAUAGCAGAUAGAUUGUGGGAUGCAUUUUCAAUUGGUUAGAUGCAAUUUGCUUUCCUGUCUCAGAGAGUUCAUGUACAAAGAUCAGCAGAAUAAUUUGUUGCAAACAAUUAUUGCACUUGUUGCUUGAUAUGGAAGCCUGGUGUGUUUCUUCCAAAGCAGAGCCAUCCACCAGUGAGUAGAACUCUAGCAAUUGACUGGUGCAGAUUUGCUGGGUGGAAAGGAAGGAUGAGUGAGGAUUGCAGUCAGUUUCUUCUCUUAUAAGAGCUAUCCAUAAUUUGCAAAUUUUUCAACAACAACAAAAGAGAUUUUAGAACAGCAACUGAAGAGGGGAGAAACAGAAGUAUUUGUCACUCCAGACUAACAGCUUUCAGUGCUUAGUUUGAAACCUGGUAUAUUCACUGUAUGCAUGAUGCAGAAUUAGGGCAGGACUGACCCAAUACAGUGGCAGUCCACAAUCAUGCACCACCUUAUAGAAAACACUUGAUAUUAAGAGCAAAUAUUGGUUCAGAUAGUCAUGUAUGGUGCUCUUCUUUAUCUGAGGUUCAUUGAGCCAUAUCCUUUUUUCCUGUUAUUUCAUCAAGCAAAGCUAAACACAUACGUAGCAGGAAAAUGGCUACUGUAGAAAACAAAGCUACACGGGCAAGGACAGAGUGUGAAAAUAGUACUUUUCAUAACCAAGUUUCAGUUCUGCUUGCCGUGCCACACUCGUGCUCUCUACAUCCUCCCUAGCUUUGAGUCCUGCCUUGGACUAUGAGGUUGUAUCAGCUCCAAGAAUCCUGACGGUAUGUUACAUAUAGCAAAUGAACAUUUACCCAAAUUCAAUCCAGCUCAGAUGGACUUAACCUUGGCUGAUAAGCAACCUUGCAACCUAUAGGCAGCUAGCAAGGGAGGAUAAGGCUAUCGUUAGGUUGGAUCCAGAUUUAAACAGUGCAACUGGCCUGGCAGAAGUAGACUUCCCCACCCUCCCUCAUGGUGACUCCUAUUGCCAUAUGGAAAUGCUCCGCAGAUUAGGGAACCCUCAUAAAUGGGCAAACUGAGGAAAGGGCAGAGACACCUUCUGUGUAUGGAAGGCAGGUCAGGGAUCCCUUCUCUCUACUAGGUGUAACAAUCAUAUGUUACCCCCAGCAUUUCAGCAAUCACCUUCUCCCAAACACCUACACAAUAUUUUUGCUAUGCUCUGAUUUCUGAACAUCUCAUUCAGCAAUUUGCAAAGGGCACAUGGAUGUGGCCAGUUGUGGUAACACAACAGAGAACACAGUGUAGAUGCCCAGAGGCAUAACUUCUGCUAUGCCUUCACUCAGUGCUCAGCCAUAGCAUUGCAGAAAGUUCCUUAAGGCUUAGUCCUUCUCACAAAUUCAGAGGAAGCCCUUGGUGCUCACCCCUGUGCCUUACUCCCUUCCACUGAAAGUGUCCUUCCCAGGGUUUACUCCUCACCACAGUCAAUGAAUGUGACCUUGUGUUUCCCUAGCUGCCAUUGCCUGGUGCAUGUGCAGAUGGCCUUGCAUUGCACACGGGAGAAUUUACGCAUUGUUUUCUUGGCAUUUACACACCUGCUAGCUACCUACUUGCUGGAUAUUAAAUCUCACCCACCCUAUCUAACCCCUUUUUCCUGUAAGAAGAUACAAACAUAGUGCUGUAUUUGGAUAAAUCACGACAAACCUAUCCACGGAAGCAGAUGUAUGCCCAUCAUUCCUACAUAAGUGGUAAAGGGGAAGCUAAGGCCAUUUUAAAAGUGGGGGGGGGAUGCCCAUUUCUAGCACUUGGGGAUUAUAACUGCUUCUGCUAAUGGAAGGUCUUUCAACCAGAACUCCAGAGAGGGCUGAACUAGAACCCAGGCUCACUACACCAGGGUCAAACUCUGGAACCAGUUUUCAGUUCAGCGGUUGAGAGAGAAUUUGUAGCUUUAAAUUCCAUCCUUCCAUAAAACUUAUGACACAUACAGCUUUAAGCUAAAACAACAUAUACUACACAACUACUGCAUAUGACAAUCCUAAUUGCUUCUGAGCAUGAGCAGGAUGCGGUCUUGGCUACAGACGUGGCUUGUGACACCGGAGUUUAGCCCUGGAGCAUGUGGAAUUGAGAUGAGAAUGUCUCUGCCUACACAGAGGACUUUUCCUUCACCACUGUGUAGAUGCACCCUUUGCGCUGCUAUCAUCAAGCAGUGAUGCUGGCAUGUCAGGGGCUGUGACCUUUGAGAAAGCUUGAGCCCAGAGAUUGUCUGUCUUCAAAAUGUGGUGAGCCGUUCCAUAAAGGAAGCCACAGUCUUGCGUUUACAACAUCUGAGUGGGACUAUCGGAGACAGGCAUUUUGUGGGGGGCCUUCAUGCAUGGGGUUGCCACAAGUUGGAGAAAACUUGCCGGCAUGUAACAGCGACAAGAAACAGAAAGCAGACAGAACUCUAAUUCCUCUGGGAGUUGGGAGGACUUUGUGAAAUAUAUUGGAUGGUCUGACAGAUUUAAAAUGUUGGCUUUUUAUUGUGCAAUAUGGCACCAAAACAUGCCUGCCUGGUAUCCAGAGGGCUCCGGGAACAACUUUAUCAGUGGUUUUAUAUAAGUUUCCAAUACUCCUAUCAAGUUUUAAUCAUGCUGUGAAAAGAAUUUUGCUUUCCAUUUUUCACUUGAAUGAUAUCUGAAAUGUAUUUCAUACAUUAGUUGCUGUUAUGCUAUUUUUGUAUUUUCAACAUCCCUGUAUUGCUUUUAUGAUUUUCCU